GUUGGGGGGGGGGGGGGGGGGGAACGGGCGGGACGGGACGGGCCCCGCGGGCCCCACGGUCCCCACGGUCCCCGGCUCCGCGGGCCCGGCGCGGCCGCGCUCGGAUUAUGAGGGAGCCAUGAGCCCGCUGCGGGGCUGGCUGCUCGCCGCGCUCCUCUCGCUCACCCCGCGGGCAGGUCCCGCGCAGGCCGGCUCGCUGCCGCGGAGGCUCCCCCGGGCCGGAUGGCAGGACGGGCGGGUCGUUUCCCAAAUCACCCACCCCAGCAGGUUGGUGGGGCAGAGCUCGGGGGGAGAAGUCCAGAAGCAUCAGCUGGAUACCAGGGUCAGGAAUGAGCCUGGAGGAGGAGGAGGCCCCGGGCUGCACCUGGCACGGGUGAGCUUCGUGGUGCGCGCCUUCGGCUCGGCCUUCACCCUCGACCUCCAGCUGAACCACCACCUCCUCGCAUCCCACUACGUGGAGCGGCACGUUGGCACGAGCAGCAACGGCAGCCACAGCACGGGCGCGGGGGAGCACUGCUACUACCAGGGCCGGAUCCGGGGGCAGCCCCGCUCCUUCGUGGCUCUCUCCAGCUGCCAGGGCCUGCGCGGGGUCUUCUCAGACGGCCGAGCCACCUACCUGAUCGAGCCCCAGGUGGGCGCUGAGCACGGGCAGGGCCUUCGACCACACGUCAUCCAGCGUGUCCCCAGCUGCGCCCGACUGGGCUGCCUCUUCCCUGCGCUGAACCAGCGCGUCGCGGGCGGAUUACCAAAGCUGCGGCGGCGGCGGCAGGUACGCCGAGCCCAGCACACGGUUCACAGCGAGACCAAGUACAUCGAGCUGGCAGUGGUGAACGACCACCAGCUGUUCCUGCAGCUCCGCAAGUCCGUGGUUCUCACCAGCAACUUCGCCAAGUCCGUGGUCAACCUGGCUGACAUGAUCUACAAGGAGCAGCUCAACACCCGCAUCGUGCUGGUGGCCAUGGAGACGUGGGCCGCGGAGGACCGGAUCCGGAUGGGGGAGGACUCCCUGGAGACCCUGAACGAGUUUGUGAAGUACCGGCGCGAGGGGCUGGCGGAGCAGAGCGACACCGUCCACCUCUUCUCGGGUCGGACGUUUCAGAGCAGCCGCAGCGGCACUGCCUUCGUGGGGGGCAUCUGCUCGCCGGCCCGCGCCGGGGGUGUCAACGAGUACGGCAACGUGGCGGCCAUGGCGGUGACGCUGGCGCAGACGCUGGGGCAGAACGUGGGCAUGAUGUGGAACAAGCACCGCGCGGCCGCAGGGGACUGCCGGUGUCCGGACUCGUGGCUGGGCUGCAUCAUGGAGGACACAGGGUACUACCUCCCGCGGAAGUUCUCCCGCUGCAGCAUCGACGAGUACAACCAGUUCCUGCAGGACGGCGGCGGCAGCUGCCUCUUCAACAAACCCCUGAAGCUCUUGGACCCUCCGGAGUGCGGCAACGGCUUCGUGGAGGCGGGCGAGGAGUGCGACUGCGGCUCGCUGGCGGAGUGCGCGAGGAGCGGGGGCAACUGCUGCAAGAAGUGCACGCUGACCCACGACGCCAUGUGCAGCGACGGGCUGUGCUGCAAAGGCUGCAAGUACGAGCCGCGCGGCGUGUCCUGCCGGGAGGCCGUGAACGAGUGUGACAUCCCCGAGAGCUGCACCGGGGACUCCAGCCAGUGUCCCCCCAACCUCCACAAGCUGGACGGCUACUUCUGCGAAAAUGAGCAGGGACGAUGCUACGGCGGGCGCUGCAAAACCAGAGACCGGCAGUGCAACGUGCUGUGGGGCCGCGGCUCGGCCGAGCGUUUCUGCUAUGAGAAGCUCAAUGUGGAGGGGACGGAGAGGGGCAACUGCGGGCGCGAGGGCCUGGGCUGGCUGCAGUGCAACAAGCAGGACGUCCUCUGCGGCUUCCUCCUCUGCGCCAACAUCUCGGGCGCACCCCGGCUGGGCGAGCUCAGCGGCGAGAUCGCCGCCACCACCUUCUUCCACCAAAACCGCUACGUGGACUGCAGGGGAGGCCACGUGCAGCUGGUGGACGGCUCGGACCUGAGCUACGUGGAGGACGGGACGCCCUGCGGGCCCGGCAUGCUGUGUCUCGACCGCAAAUGCCUUCCAGCCACGGCCUUUAACUUCAGCUCCUGCCCCGGCAGCUGGGACGGGAAGAUCUGCUUUGACCACGGGGUUUGCAGCAACGAGGGCAAGUGCAUCUGCCGGGCCGAGUGGACGGGGAAGGACUGCAGCGUCUACGACCCCAUCCCCGAGCCGAAGCCGACGGGGGAGACGGAGCGAUACAAGGGUCCCAGUGGCACCAAUAUCAUUAUCGGCUCCAUCGCGGGGGCCGUGCUGGUGGCUGCCAUCGUCCUAGGGGCAGGCUGGGGAUUUAAGAACAUCCGCCGAGGAAGGUCCGGGGGGGCCUGAGUGGGGCCGCUCUGUCCCACCUCCUCCCCCCCCUCUCCCAGCACCUCAUUAACAGCAAUUAAAUGGGGCGCCGCUGCCGAGAGUCCGGCCAAGGAGGAGAGCAGGGGGUGGGGGGGGGCACCCGGGACCUAACCCCCCUCCCUGACCCCCCCCCCCCCACCACGAAUGUACGGGCCCCCCCGGCCCCCGCCGCGGGGCUGGCGGCACUCCCAGCACCGGGAUGAAUGUACCCGAUGGGGCGAGCAGGGACCGCCCCCCCCCCAGCCCUGCAUCCCCCCUCCAUCAGCAUCUUCCAGCUUCGGGGCCUGGGUCCCCCAAAGGGCAGGCCAGUGUACCCCAGGAUGAGGCCAGUGUACCCCAGUCCCAGGCCAGCACCCCCGCCCAGUGCAGGGCCUGGGAGUCAUGUGUCGUGUCCCCCCCCCCCCAGAUGACAGGUCUGGGAUGGGGUCCAUGGGGGCCAGAGCUGCACCCCCAGAUGUGCCCCCCUCCAAAAAAGCAGCUCUGCAGCCCCCCAUGUGGGGGGUGGGUGUGUGUCCCCCCCAAACUCUAUCCUGCCCCCAAAUGUCAUGGCUGCACCCAUCCAGCCAUGGGCCCCCGAUGUCCCCAGGGGUGGGGCAAGGACUGUCCCCCCCGCCGCUUCCCCAGCUCAGGCAGGUGAACCCCAAACUGGUGGCACUGGGGGGGGGCAGUGGCAGCAGCUCCCACCCGGGGGGUGCUGGGGUACAGGGUGAGCCCCGGGCUGGUGGGACAUGUCACCCCCGUCCCCACGGCAUGUGGCAGAUGUCACCUUGCAUGGGGGGGCUCCACAGGGCCACCCACCCCACGGCACCACAGAGCACUGGGGGCCCCCACGCUGGUCCCCUCAACCACUGGUGACACUUAGCAUGGGGACACACACACAACACGCACACCCCCCCCACCCCUGGUGACACUCAACCUGUGGGUAUGUGUGGGGACACUCAGCAGGGGGGCAAAGGGGGACGACACCCCCAUGCCCAUGGUGGGGUGGGGGUGUCCCCUCUGUGUCCUCCCUUGCCCAGUGUCCCCGCCCGCCACGGAGGCAGAGGGUGACCCAGGGUGUCCCCAGGCCGAGGCACACGGUGGCCCCCAGCGUUGUGUGACAGCCCAGCUGGGCACCCGCAGCACCCAUGGGCGCCUUGGCGGUGGUGGCACCAGACAGGGGACGGGGCACGGCUGUGCCAGCAUGCUGGGAGGUGACAGUGGGACAGGGGGGUGGCUGGAUGUCCCCAGGCUUGGCUUUGGUGGUGGCCUGAUGUAUCGGUGACAGGCUGAUGGGGCCUGGGGCCACCACGGGCACACGGUGGGGGUCUAGACCAACCCCCCCCGCCUCUAUCCCUGUCACCACGAUGUCCCCACAGCUGUCACGGCCACAGCACCGGGGUGGUCCCCAAGGUGAGGGAAUGCCUCUGUUUCAGAGCGAGAAGCCACCUUUGUCAUUGGGUUUGGGGACAUUAAUAUAUAUAUAUAUAUAAAUAUUGGGGUUUUUUUCUUAAUGAUUUUAACGCUGUAAGGUCAAGUGGUGCCGCUGGUGCUGCCAUGGACGCGCCAGGGAGGGCCCAUGGCCGGGAUGGGGGGUGCACCCGGUGCUUCCAGAGCCAAGAGAGCAAAACAGCCCCCCCAGCCCCCCCCCCCCCCCCACCCCCAGCAGGCUGAGCCCCAUCCCAGCACGUGGCCGGGGACAAGCACACCGGGGCGGCAGCAAACCCCCCGCCCCGAACCCCAGCGCCAUCCCGCACCCACCGCCUCGCUCCGCGCUACCGCCCGCAGCCGGGAUGGGGGCCCUGGGGUCGUGGGGGGUGGGACCGUUGCCCCCCCCCCCCCCCCCCCCCCCCCCAAAACCCCUGCGCCUUGCCUCGCGCUCCCGCUUUGCACGCGCCAGGGAGCUGCCGCUGCCGCUGCCGGAGAUGCCGUGUGCUCCUCGCUCGGCCCCGGCUCCGGCCCCUGGGAAGCCUCCUGCAAUGCCGCAGAAAUUUAUUUACAAUAAAGAUUUGGAAAAUGA